AUGACCAUUGUCACGUAUAAGGCUCCUACUUCUUUGAAGAGGGAGUAUGGUGGCAGACACCACGGCCAUUUUGGUGGUUUUGCAAAUGCUAAACCCAAACAAAUAAUUCAGGACAUCAGUGAGCCAAGUGAAGAGGACACGGCAGCAAUUCCACUGGUCACAGGCACUCAAGAGGUGCAAAUCGGUGACUCUGUGAGGGCACUUGCUGAACAUUUGAAUGAUGGGUUUAGGAUACUAGUGCAGAAUAACCUGAAUAGCAUUGCACCCCAGGAUAGUGGUGCGGAAUCCCGCGUCCAGGUACAUUUAGUGGAUGAGAGACAGUAUUACUCUUUGAUCUGCCAGCCACACAGUCCUCAACUGUGUGAUGCUGAGGGAUUGUUUGAUAUAGGGGCUUGCUUGGCAUUAUAUACUACACAGUAA